AUGUCAAAUACGAAGGAAAAGUUCUCACCGUUCCUGAAGCAAUGUUUCGUGACGGGCGCUGUUUGCAGCAACAUAGCCGGCCAUGGCAGCAUUAUCGGAUUCCCUGCAGUGCUGCUGCCCCAACUCAGGGAGAAGGGUUCACCCAUAACCCUCACUGAGGACGGUGGCUCAUGGAUUGCAUCAGUGCUGGGCAUAACAAUCCUUGUCGGGAACUUCAUUACACCGACAUUGAUGGAGAAGCUAGGAAGGAAACCAGCGCACUUCGCUGUCACCCUGCCAAUCAUAGCGGGAUGGCUCAUCACGAUAUUCGCCAACAGUUUCGAGGCGUUGUUGAUUGGAAGAGUUCUGCAAGGCUUGUCCUUCGGUAUGAUCUUGCCUUUGGGUUCAGUGCUCGUUGGAGAAUACACCAGCCCGAAGGAUCGUGGGACGUUUCUGAUGUCGGUGUCAUUGGCGCAAGCGUUUGGUAUAUUCUUCGUCCAUCUCGUUGGAUCGUUGCUCAAUUGGCGGAAGACCGCCAUGAUCUGCAUCUUCUUCUCUUUCGCCAGCCUUCUGAUGGUGUUGUUCUCGCCAGAGUCGCCGAGCUGGUUAGCAGCGAAAGGAAAAUAUGACGAAUGCAAAAAGGUUUUCAGAUGGUUAAGAGGUGACGGGGAAGAGGACGAAUUGGAGGAGUUGAUACGAGCAAGAGUGGUAGAGAAUUCUAAAAGCGCGACGAGUAAGAUCACGCUAAGCGUAAUUAUAAAAGUUGUGAAGAAGAGAGAGUUUUUGAUACCGAUCGUUCUUAUGGUUCACGCGAAUGCAAUGAUGCAGUUCGCGGGAGGUACCACUAUGGCGGCGUAUUCCACCACAAUAAUUGGCCUCAUUAUGGGCCCUGAAGCAAGCGCUCACUUUUGGAUGGUCGCGCUGGACACCCAGAGACUAAUCUCGAACGCGAUCGCCAUGUAUGUGAUCAACAAAUUCAAGAGGAGGACCAUGAUGUUUCUUACGGGUGGUAUCUGUGUGCUCAGCCAUAUAGCGAUAGCUGGUUACGUGUACGCCAAACUCCACGGGAUCCUAUCCUACGAUUCUAUAUGGAUACCAGCCCUGCUGAUCAAUCUCCAGUUCUUCUCCGUUGCUACGGGUAUGGUGCCUCUACCCAACGUUAUCGCUGGGGAGGUCUUCCCUCUCGAAUACAGAGGCUUGGGGGGCAGUAUCAGCGUGAUAUCGAUAGCCGCAUUCAUCUUUGUGACGCUGAAGACAUUCCCUGGGCUUAUAGCGAGGAUACAUUUGCACGGAACCUAUAUAGUUUACGCAUUAGUACUGACGUACAAUUUAGUCGUGAUAUGGUACUUGUUGCCGGAGACCAAAGAUAGGACGUUACAACAAAUUGAAGAUGAGUUUAAAGAGCUUCGUGACAGCGACGGUCUGCAUAAACAUCGUUUGCCACGGUUGCGUGAUUGGAUUCCCCGCAGUUCUGCUACCACAACUGAGGGAGCCUGGCGCCGUCAUUACCCCAUCCAAGAACGAGGAAUCCUGGAUAGCUUCCGUCCACACCAUAAGCAUGCUGAUUGGUUUCUUUUUGACGCCGCCCAUCAUGGACAGCUGGGGCGGAGGACCGCGCAUUUCAUAGCCGCCGUGCCGUUCCUGGCGGGAUGGCUGUACACGUCCAUGGCAACUAGUGUACAAGAUCUCCUCAUUGGCAGAAUACUGCAGGGUGUUUCAAGCGGCUUGCUAACCAUUCUUCGCUCUGUGCUAAUCGGAGAGUACACCAGCCCGAGCAACCGCGGUGCCUUCCUCACCACCAUAUCUCUGGCGCAGGCCUUCGGUAUAUUCUUCGUCCACCUGGUCGGCUCUCUAGUCAGCUGGCAGACGACCGCGUUGAUAUGCGCCUUCUUUGCUUACACCAGCUUCAUAAUGACCAUGUUCACGCCGGAGUCGCCAAGCUGGCUGGUGGCGAGACGCAGGUAUGAUGAGUGCAGAAGGGUCUUCCUGUGGCUCCGUGGUGACACGGAGAACGAGGAACUAGACGAGAUGAUAAACGUGCACGUGGCUCACGAGAAGGCAAAGUCGCAGUCGGGUUCCGCCAAAGUCAGCCGCUUCGAGAGCAUGUUGAAAACGGCGAGAAGGAAAGAGUUCUACAAGCCCAUUGUUCUUAUGCUGCACGCCAACGUUCUUAUGCAAUUCGCCGGCGGAACAACCAUGUCCGCUUAUUCGACUGUAAUAAUAGGACUGCUGAUGGGCCCUGGCGUCAAUGCUCAUUUCUGGAUGGUGUUUUUGGACACGCAACGGAUUAUCUCGAAUAGCAUGGCUGUGUACGUGAUAAACAGGGUCAAGAGGAGGACUAUGUUGUUCUCGACCGGUGCCCUCUGCGUGGCGGCUCACGUAGCGAUAGCGGCUUACGUGUACGCGAAGGAUACGGGGACACUCGUCUACGACGCCCUGUGGCUGCCAGUGUUGCUGAUCAACGUCCACUUCUUCACGGUGGCAGUGGGCAUGGUGCCGAUGCCGAACGUGAUAGCCGGCGAGGUGUUCCCGUUGGAGCACAGGAGCGUGUGCGGCAGCAUCAGUCUGACCACAUCCAGCGGCUUCAUGUUCCUGGCGCUGAAAACCUUCCCGCAACUGGUAGACGCGACCGGGUUGCAGGGCACUUACUCGCUGUACGCGGUACUGCUUACGUACAAUCUGACGGUGAUUUGGAUGCUGCUGCCCGAGACUAAAGGGAAGACUCUGCAGCAAAUCGAGGAGGAAUUCAGAGGUCGGCCGCUGCGCCCUGAAGAGACGGAAAUGAAACUCGUCCUUCGGAUGGACCCGAUGGAAGCGUAUAGAAGUAAGCUCUCAUUGAGGAGGUGUAGUAGUGCAAUUCUC